AUGAUUCGCAAUGUCACGGCCACUCAUAAUCCAGCAGAAUACUUGCGAUCGUUUUCUGUUGGCUCCACAAACGUUCUUUCUUGGUUUGCCCAAGAUGGAACCAGACGACACGGAUCCACAAGGACUUCCGGACAGCAUGGUGUUUCAGAGCCAGCAGUAGAACCAAAACUUCCGCGCUACUUGCGAAGACAGGCCUUGCAGGCCGGACCGACACACUCUGUCGACACCAAAUAUCUUCCCAAAACCACACCUGACGCCAGAAGGCCAUCACAAACUGUACGCAAGUUCAGAUCCCGGCAUUACGAUCCUUCGCAACAAGAAGCAAAGUCGGAGGUCCGUUUGCUGGAGCCACAUGUGCUCUCGGCUAGGUUGAGGAAGUGUUGUGAUGCGGGCAACGUCGACGAAGCCGUUGCAAUGCUAAAAAAUGCACCACUGGAUGCUCAGAAUACUCCCGUGUGGAAUACCUUGAUUUGGGAGUGCAUGAAAGUGAAACGCUUUCAGCUGGGGUAUCAACUUUUCGUAGACAUGAAAAGGCGAGGGUUCAGUCCAACUACCCGCACCUUUCAGACUAUGUUCAAUGGCCUAUCAAAGAUUGAGCAUUGGGCCACUCAUCCCAAACAACUCGCCAACGCAAGAUCCUUGUACGAGGGCUUCCAGCGGCAUAUAGCUACUGUUAAGAAACACGAUCCCACCAGCUCAGAAAUAUCCAGUAAUCCCUUAGCAUCAUAUCUCAAAGUUCUCGGAGCAGCAGGGCAAUACCAAGAAGUCUUUGAUGUCUACUACGCCAUUGAUGCCGAGGGUCCAUUCGCUGCCAAUGAAUACAUCUUCACCGCCAUGUUCCAGGCCCUUUCAACGUCAGCUUUUGCCUCAACGGACCAAGGUGGUGCCAAAACCGCUGGAGACGCAAGAUUACUCUGGAUGCAGAUGUUGAAAGCCUCUAACAAAACGCCAGGCUUCUCUAUUGACUCUUAUUCUGCCGUAGCGGCGAUAACAGCAUUAUCGAGUGGAAGUAAAACAGAUCAAGAUCUGGCAUUCAAGAUCGUGAAAGAGUAUUUUGGUCUGGCAACAGGCGAAGACAAACAUUCAGCGGGAAGACUCCCGCUUGGUGCGGAGUCUCUUGCGGCUAUUUUAAGGUUAUGCAACCGAACCCAACAAUAUUCUGCUUGUCUCGACUUUUUUAAGCAGGUGAAAAGACGGCCGGAAGACACUGGCGGCGUAUCGAUCCUCGAUCGGGCGCACAUAGAGGAAGUGCUUCGGGCACUAUCAAUGAGUGAAGAACCAGGAUUAGCAUAUCGUUCUCUCGACACUCUCGAGUGGAUGCUGCGGCAGGAAAUUACAAGUCCCAAUGGUCCGAAGAUCCGGCCAGCCAUAUCCACUUACAAUCUUGUCCUCGCGGCGUGUUGGCGUGGUGUGGAUUGGAACUCAGCCACUCGAACCUUUGAAUUAAUGACGGGAUACCACUGUCACGAUUUCAUGGAAGGUUCAUUGGCUGACCCACCUAAGCUGGAUAAACGGGCGCCUGGCCGAAACCUUGCUCCCACAGCAGAAUCCUUGUCAAGCAUGGUCCGAACGGCGUUCACCUCCAAAAAUCGUGCGAAUAUGCGGCAAUGUUUACGGAUCGUCGACUUCCUUGGACUUCGUGAUCUUUGGCAUCCGGGUGGAGUAGAGUCCAAGAAAUCACUCAAACACCAUGCCUUUUACCUAACAAAAUUGUCGACAGCUUUGGUUGAGAUGGUCGAUUAUGUUUCAAAAGGAAAUCACAAGCAUGCUUCAUCCGAGAAGGAAUCCAUACAGUGGAACGCUCUCGCUGCAGAAGCUCGCAGGCUGGCUGACAAAAACCAUACACCCCUGAUACCAAUGAGGGAAGUGGGGAUGGCGCCAGUAAGGCCUCGGCCUGAAAGGACAGGAAGGAAAGCGUUGGGCCAAUCUGUUGAUCUAGUGGAUUGA